AUCAAUCCGCCAGACAAACAAGGAAGAAAGAUGGUUUACCCAGAAUCUUGGAAAGGGUUCCAGAUCGAGGACCCUGCUAAGUGGACGGAAUUCCACCUGAAUGAGCUUACGCCGAAGCCGUUUGGGGAUUUCGAUGUCGAUAUUAAGAUCCUGGCUUGUGGGGUUUGCGCUUCGGAUUUACAUACUGUUUCUGGAGGAUGGGGAGAACAGCAUUUCCCGUUGUGUGUUGGGCAUGAAAUCGUAGGCACGGCAGUGAAAGUCGGACCCAAGGUCACGCUCAUCAAGGAGGGAUCUAGAGUUGGAGUGGGCGCGCAAUCUUACUCUUGCUUGCAAUGUCGACAAUGCAAGGCGGAUAACGAGACGUACUGUCGGCACCAACUUGAUACUUAUGGAGCCGUUUGGCCAGACACCGGAAUCGUGUCUCAAGGAGGGUACUCCGAGGUUUUCCCUAUCCCCGACGGCCUCGCAACCAACAAAGCAGCACCGAUGCUCUGCGCAGGCCUUACAGCCUAUUCACCCCUCGUCCGCAACGGCGCCGGGCCCGGCAAAAAAGUAGGAAUCGUAGGACUCGGUGGAAUCGGGCACUUCGGGCUCCUGUUCGCCAAAGCACUGGGAGCAGAAACCUGGGUCAUCUCGCGCACGCACUCCAAGGAAGCAGAUGCGAUGAAGAUGGGCGCUGAUGGCUUCAUCGCUACCGCGGAUAAAGACUGGAAUGAACCGCAUAUCUUUACCUUUGACCUGAUUAUCAAUACGGCGUCUGGGAGCGAUGGGUUUGAUCUGGCCAAGUAUUUGACUCUGCUGGAUGUGCAUGCCAAGUGGAUUAGCGUGGGCUUGCCUGAAGGUGAGGGACAGGAGAUUAAGGCGGAGACAUUUAUCAGUAACGGAUGUUUGUUUGGGGCCAGCCACUUGGGAUCGAGGAAGGAGACACUUGCUAUGCUGCAGUUGGCAGCUGAUAAGGGGGUUGACAGCUGGGUGGAGGAAAUCGAUAUUGGGUUUGAUGGGUUGAAGACGGCGUUGACGAGGUUGCAUAACAAUGAUGUGAAGUAUCGAUUCACGCUCACGGGGUAUGAUAAGCUUUUCGGUGCUUAG